AUGGCACAAUCACGCCCCCCUCCAGUCCGUACCCACGCGACAACCGCAUCGCCGCCCCCAUUAUCACCGCGAACCUCAGAGAAGAAACACCACUCGCGGCGAAAAUCAGGAAAGGACUACGUGGUGACCGAGAAGAAGCCAUCGCGACCCGCGCCAUUGAGUCGGAAGACGACUCCGCAGUUCAUCACCAAGGUGCCUGCGUCGUCCAGUCGAUACCGGGAACGAGACGAUGAAGAGAGGGGAAGAGAUAGCGGGGAGAGUUUCCCGCAGUUCUGCAUGACCUGCGAAAAGCAAUUCCUACCCGCGAAUAAUACAUUCUUGUAUUGUUCCGAAGCCUGCCGUCUCCACGACCAACCACCAACUACUCUCCGUACAUCCUCCUACUAUCCCUCGCACUCUCAUUCUCCACCUUUAACGCCCUAUUCCCGCCAAUUCUCCUCUUCGUACCACUCCACAACAACGCCCUCCCACGAAGACGGCCCCGACAUCAUCCCCCGCUUCUCACCCACCCAAUCGCGACCCCGCUCCUACUUCUCCUCCGACCCCUAUCCCACCCACCAACCCCCCGCGCCGCAAUACUCCACCUCCCCCCAAACCUCAAAUUCCAGCGCCCUAGCAUCUCUCCGCGAACUAGCCACCGCUCUCCCUCCUACGCACCAAAGAACCGACCCCGAAUCGCCUGCCAGCAGCAUAUCGCGCACCGGCAGCGGGGUCUGGAACUACAUCCCUUUCGGGAACGGGAGCAAGACGGCGCCCGCGACGCCGGGGAAUAGCUGGAGUAGCUAUGGCGGGCGCAGUCGCGAGGAUUUAUACGGGUACGGGAAGAGUCAGGGCUAUGGAGCUGGUGUUGCUGUGAGUGGAGCCGGGUAUACGAGUUCGGGGGGCAUGGGCAUGGAUAGACCGUUACCACCGAGGAGCGGGCCGGGCGGGUAUGGACAUCGGCCGAAGAGUAUUGAUUUGGUUACGCCGUUUGGGGGGCGUUGA